GUCGUAUCGUGUGAUUAUGACUGUGAAAUUGUACUUUUCUAGUGUUUCUGGUAAAACAGAGAUAAAAAAACAACAAAACUUUAUUCGUCAAACUUUAAGUUCAGCUGAAAUCGAUUUUGAGGAAAUCGACGUUUCAAAUCCCCAUUGUGAAGAUGACAAAUACUUCAUGUUAGAACAUAGUAAGAACGGAAAAGAGUCUUCUCCUAUUCCGCCUCAAUUAUUUAACGACACGCAAUAUUGCGGGGAUUAUGAAGCAUUUUGCGAAGCUGUUGAGAAAAACUCUUUAAAUGAAUUUCUGCAUUUAGAUGAUUGAUCUAAAGAAAACUAGAAGUUGUGUGGCUUUAGGAUUAGUCUUAUCAUCAUCUCUCUUUGUUAGCAAUCCAUCUAUAGAAGUCAAUUAGGAGCAUAUAAGUAAAGGAGCUUAUUUAUUAGAGUUUCAAAUCGACUUCAUAUUAUGAUUUAUAUAUGUCACAGUAAAGGAACAAUAAAUUUAUAGAGGCAAAUAUAGUCUUUAUUAAAGAUAAAUAUAGAA